AUGGCAAUUGCACUCUGGUAUUGUCCCCCUCAGGGCUCAGAGGUCUAUGAAAAUUUGCAGCUGUUAAUCACUUCAUUGCAAUCGCUCUUCCCCAAUAGCCCAGUUUUUGAACCUCAUAUUACAAUAACCUCUGAUUUGAACUGUAACAGUGCAGAUGACGUUAACAAAAUUUUGACCUCAUGUGUAGCUGCCAUUAAAUCAAUUCCACCAUCACAACCACUAGUCAAAUUUCAACACUGUACAAUCGGUAAAUCCUACUUCCGCAAAGUUGUACUAGAGUGUGAACCAAACAGAUAUUUGUAUAGUAUUGCUCAGAUUAUGAGAGAACUCUACGUGGAAAUCGAUGAGGCAAGCAGAACUCAAAGAGCCGCCACCUGGGCAAGAGAUGAGUUUAAACCUCAUCUCUCUCUGUUGUAUUCUGAUGUUUAUCCUAUUUCACAAGCAUUUGCAAGGAUCAUUCAACAGAGAAUUGAAGAUGCCUUAAACGUCCAAUUGGUUAAAGACUUGCAAGAAAAGACUACGACCCAUCAGUUACAAUGGAAUUUUAGCAAUGAAGCUGAAACCACUCAAUGGAAUCGCCCUUGUACCUUUAAAGUGGUUCGUUGCGAAGGCCCGGUCUCCCACUGGAGGGUGCUGGGGGGCACAAGUAUAUAA